AUGUCCUCUGCAGAACCUGAUGACGGGCCUCUUCCUGCACCGACUACGACGCGUACUAUUACUCCCACUGCCGCCCGAAGUAGAAGUCGGCGCAGUAAUGCGUCCACUUCGAGUUCCCGUCAGAGCUCGCGCGCCGUGUCUCUUGUUCGGACCACCGAACAGACUAUUCAGAUCGGAGAACCCGGUCCCUCUGGAUCAUCUGCUGGACCUUCAUCUCUGCUGGCUACCGAGGUUAUACCCGAAGCUGGACCUGGUCCUUCGUCUGCCGGUGGCGCCGCCUGGUCUAGCGGUCCUUUAGUUGAAGAAGAACGAAUCAAGGAGGAAGAAGUGGCGUCACCAGAGGGGAAAGAAAACACCUCCAAUAGCACGGGGAAGAAGAGGAAGGCAGCCGAAGUUGCCAUCGAGGAUGCUAUCUAUGGCGAAGGGGCUGCCCGUCGAAGACGCAACACGAAUGGCAAAGGCAAAGAGGUCGCCUCCGAUCCAGCGGACGACUCUGCCGAGGAAGAUAUCAGCUCCCCUGCUCCUGAUGCUUCUGCUGCCGUGGCCUCGGACAUUGAACUUGUGGAAUCCGCGGUCCCUGCUACAACUUCAAUUCCAGUUGUGGCACCUCCUGAGGCCAAAACGAGUGAACCGCAAUAUCUGCACACCUAUAAUUGCUCCGUGUGUCUUGCGCCACCAAAGAACGCCACACUCAUACCGUGUGGCCAUAUCUUUUGCGGCGAAUGUCUCUUCACCAGUGUGAGAAUCGCUAUGAGAAAUAUCACUGCGUAUGGCACCACGAUGGCUAGAUGUCCGCUUUGCCGAGGUCACAUACCUGGAUGGGAUGGACACGGUGGCGGUGUUAUCGGGCUCAAGCCAAAGACGAUGACGACGAUCAGUGACUUGGACUUGUGA